UCUCCAUUCUUUUGAAUAUCAAAGAUUUUGUUUGUUGCUUUUGUUUGUUGCUAAAAUUAUUUUAAAAUUUUCGAUAUAAUAGAUACUAGUAAUAGAUAGAUCCCUAAUUGUGUUUUCUCUAAUCAACUCCCCUGGUCAUAACUUCCCCGAAGCUCCGAUGAUGUUUAACUCUCCCGAUAAUGCACGUCCUAAAAUCAACUCGCCGUCGCCAGUAACCGCCGUACCGGACGAACUCAUCGCGGAGGUCCUAUCAUUGCUUAAAGUGAAAUCUCUGUUACGACUCAAAUGUGUGAGCAAGUCCUGGAACAAGCUCAUCUCUGAUCCCUUCUUCGUCAAAAUCCACUUCCAUAAAUCUUCACUAAACACAGAUCUUACUUUAUUUUCUGCGCACCAUACAGGUAAAUCCACAUAUACGCAACUCACCGUCUACCCGGUACAUACUUUACUUGAAAACAACUCCACCACCUCCAUCGUUACCGUUAUCCGUAGAUUCUUCAGCAACGAAUAUCAUCAGGUUGUUGGUUCCUGCAAUGGAUUAUGCUGCUUGAUGGAAGAGUAUUCCAACACUGAGUUUCGAGAAUUCUCUUUUCGUUUGUGUAACCCAGCCACAAAGUCAUUGUCUCAUAAACUAGGGUAUUUUCGCAUUCAACCUAAUAAUCCCAAUUCUCUUUUCAAAUUCUCAUUUGGUUAUGAUAAUUUAACCGCCAAAUAUAAGGUAGUGGCUUUCAGUCCCAACGAGGUCAGAGUUUUCACUUUGGGUGAUAAUAAUGUUUGGAGAAAUAUUCCAAAUUUUCCUAUAUAUCCUUUUAAUUUAAUUCGUUCAGGUCAGGAUGGUGGUCUCUACGUGAGUAAUUGUCUUAUUUGGUUUGCCGAUCGAACUAGACUUUUUAAUGGCCAUUCGGCGUAUCUUGAUCUUGAACAAUUUGUGAUUAUCUCCCUCAAUUUGGGGGCGGAGACAUACGCAGAGCUGUUGCCCCCUCAGGAUUUUGAUGGAGAGUUUCUAUAUUUACCAAACGUUUGUUUGUUGAUGGAAUGUCUUUGUUUUUCUCACCAUUCAAAUGGGAAUAAUAUUGUUAUAUGGCAGAUGAGAGAUUUUGGAGUUCAAGAGUCUUGGACUAAAUUGUUUAACUUUAGUUAUCCAGAUUUUUUUCAGGACCCCAUCUCUUACUUGGGAUGUUGUGGCGAGUUGUGGCCAUUAUAUGUUCUUGAGAAUGGUAAUAUUUUGAUAUUGGCAAAUGGUGAAGGACAAGUAAUUCGCUAUAAUAGGAGAGACAAUAGAAUAGAUCCAAUUAGAAUUUCCAAUACAAGAUCUUGGUUUUAUGUCCACCGUUAUGUUGAAAGCUUGGUUUCGAUUUGUUAAAAGUUUGUUGAAGCACAAUGGAAUGGUUGGUUGCUAUUGUCUUCAUUUUGCUUUCAACUUGGAUCUUUAGCUGUUCAAAUCAACUUUUGUCAUUCGAAGCCAUUGACUCUUUUGAGGCGACAUACAUGGGAUUCAAUUUUUGUAUUGUUAAAAUUGAUUAAGUAUUGAAGAUUGACAGUCAUACUUGAUUAUUUAUCACGUCGUACUUUAUCUAUUUAAUAGAAAAAUUCUAUUUUAUAACUACCGUGUUUGCUACUUGUAAAUGGAUACAAUAUCUAUACUCUUGUUAUCGUUCUGAUAUGUCAAAACAUCGUUAUGAUUUUUUUU